AUGUUCGAGAAAAAGUUCAACAUUGAAGUACAAACUUUACAGCCUUUACGUGAGUUUCUUGCACAACUGAAAGAAGAAGGUAGUCAGCCACAACUUAUAGACUUUCAUUAUGAAUUUAAUGAAAAUGAAGAUGGAACUCAUGACUGUCAGUUUGUUAUAUAUUCACCAUUCAAUGAAGUAGCUAAAAAGAAAAAAAAUCCAUUACAUAUAAGAUUUCAAAUCUCUGAACCAAAUGAUGAUUUCAAGAAUGUUUUCAAUUAUGAUGCAAUGCUUCCGAGGAAAAAUGAAUUUUCAAAGAUUGUAACACCUGGCAUUUGGGAUAGAAAGCAAGCUAUAUUAUAUUCAAACUUAAGUAAGGGAGUUGAAAAUGAGUUCAUUGGUCAUACAAGAACUUCACCACUUCCUAACCCUAAAUACUAUAAAUUAACUGGCUUCAAUCGUGAGUUUUGGAUAGACAUGUUCUCCACUCAUGACCAUAACUGCCCAGUGUUCUUACCUCCAGACCAUAAGGACUGUCUCUACAUUGAAACACAACUCUUAAACUCUACCAUCGCAGUAUUGUAA